GUCUGGACAGCGGCGCGCGAUGCUCCGCGGCGGCUAAUUACGUUCACUACCCAUCGGCAACUUGUGAAUCGAGCUCAUUGAGUGUUGUUCGUAUUCCAACACGGGUGAGCCGUCUACUCGCGGUCGAUCGCGCUCUCACUUUUAUGAAUGACUAGCGAGGCGGGGGAAUGCCAGUUAGCGCGACCCGGCUCCACUGGGACCAGCCGCCGAUGAGCGAUUCACGGCGGAGCGGAGCCGCGGCUCACUGCGGAAAAAGACGAGCCUGACUGCCGCAGACUGGCGUGCGAACGCACCGUGAGGAGGACACGCUCGCGUAGAGCAGCGACGGCAACGUGACCACAAUGUCCAUUCACAUUGUGGCUCUGGGCAGCGAGUGCCCUGGUGGAGUUGGCCAAGGGGAAGAGAUCAUGGGCCAGGGCCAGCUGCAGGGAGGCCUGCUGUGGAGCUACCUGGGCCAUGGUGCACUGGUGGGCCCCAGUGAUUUAGAGAGCAGCUCGCAUAACCCAGCCUUCAUGGAGUACACCUCACGUGUCUUUGGAGAUGUCACCAUUGUGGUCCAGGAUUGUCCCAGCUGGGACUUGUUGGACAGUGACUGGGCCAGCGUACGUAAAGUUCUUGAGCAGGCGGACAUUCUGGUCAUCAAGUAUUCAGUGACUGACAAACUGGCGUUCCAGCAAGUCAGGAAUGGAUAUGCCCCGAGACUCCGCCCACUUCUUAGGCACUGGGGAGUGCCUGUUAUCUUGGUGGCAGUUGGAGCUAGGCUGAAUGAUGAGGGGCCUCCCUGUACAUGUCCGCUGUGUGCGUCUGACUGGAGCAGCUGCGUGCCUCAUAGUGAAGGUCUACAGCUGUCCCGGGACCUGGGGGCCACCUACCUGGAGUUACCCUCGCUUAACCAUGUGUUCGUGGGUCGCUACUUUGGCAGCGUGCUGGAAUACUUCAUGAUCCAGUGUCUGAAACACAAAGCCAAAGAGAAGCCAGAAAAGAGGCGAGGAAAUAAAGUGCACGAGCUUCACCCACCUCAUUUGGAACAACCAGCUCGUCUUCCUCCAAUUCGAGUGGAGGAGUCAAGCUUCUCCCAAGACAUGCAGUGGUUGUUGGAACGUGGCGUGCAGUUUGCCGACGUGGCCUUCUAUGCAGGGGACUCUGGCAAAGAACUGGGAUGGGCACACGCAUCUGUGCUCUGCGCUGUCAGCCCGUAUUUCCGGCAGCUGCUCCUGGGGCCCAAGACCAGAGAACGGCCCCAGUCACGGUGUGUCUGUAGGGAGAGGGAUGGCGCCCCCCACUCGUUGCUCUCCACCUGGGACGGCGGAAUAAUUGAUGACAUGCCUCGAUCUGAGGGACAUCUGGCUGGUCGGCUCUCUCGUCUGGUUGUGAAGGAUCCCCUCUUAUGCAUGUGCUUAUGGGAAACUCUCAUGUUCAUUUACCGAGGUGCGUGGGAGUGGGAGCACCUCCAGGAGGCCUUAGAAGAGAAGCUGAAGAACUCGCUUGCAGUGGCUCAGCUUAUGGAGCGAAUACGAUCGCUUAUUGGCAGAGAAAGGGGCACCAGAGACACCCCGAGUGCACGCGUUGCCCAGCUUGGCCCCCAGACUCUCGUCAACCUCUUCAAUUCCCCUCUUUAUUCGGAUGUCAUCUUCAUGGUGCAGGGGAGUGUAUUGCCAGCCCACCGAGCAGUGCUGGUAGCACGCUGUGACGUCAUGGCGGCCAUGUUUAGCGGGAAGUAUGCAGAGGCCCGGAGUCGCGUGGUGCCCAUCCAUGGCGUCUCUUCAGAUACUUUUCUGUCAUUCCUGGAGUACCUCUACACUGACUCUUGCUGUCCCGCCAGCGUGUUGCAGGCCAUGGCCGUGCUGGUGUGUGCAGAGAUGUACCAGGUGAAACGGCUGCAGCAUCUGUGCGAAGUGUGUGUGUGUGCGUACCUCCAGAGUAUGCCCAGUAGAGAGCUGGCAUCAACUGGCAUCAGCGUCAUCCGACUUCUCCGACAGGCAAAGUGUCACAAUGCAGAGCAGCUGUACGUGUGGCUCCUCCACUUCAUCGCCAACAACUACCUGAUCUUCAGUCACAAACCCGAUUUCCUGGAGCUCUCAGAAGAGGAGCGAGAUCAGGUGGAGAGGCUGCGCUGGCCAUCCAGAGGUUAUCUGCAGGAGCUCAGCGAGUACCAGCAGCGGCGACGCAAACUACGCAAAUCUCGAUGCGUUGUCAUGUGA